AUGGCUCCUAAUGAUCCCAAGCAAAGCAGUGGCGGAUUCUUCGCCUCCAUCGCUUCCGGUCUCUCCAACAUCGGCAGCGCCAUGUCCAGAUCAGUGAACGGGUUAGUGGGUUACGAAGGGCUGGAAGUUAUCAACCCGGAAGGAGGAACUGAAGAUGCCGAGGAGGAAGCAAAGAGAGGGAGAUGGAAACAGGAGGAAAGGGACAGUUAUUGGAGGAUGAUGCAGAAAUAUAUAGGCUCUGAUGUCACAUCAAUGGUCACUCUUCCUGUAAUUAUCUUUGAGCCAAUGACCAUGGUUCAGAAGAUGGCCGAGUUGAUGGAGUACUCCUACCUGUUAGAUCUGGCAGAUGAAUGUGAUGAUCCCCACAUGCGUUUGGUAUACGCUGCAUCAUUCUUCAUUUCUGUUUACUAUGCUUUCCAACGCACUUGGAAGCCAUUUAAUCCAAUUUUGGGGGAAACUUAUGAACUUACAAAUCAUGGAGGCAUUAGAUUCAUAUCAGAACAAGUCAGCCAUCACCCUCCCAUAAGUGCUGGGCAUGCCGAAAAUGAGCAUUUCACUUAUGAUAUAACUUCCAAGGUGAAGACUAAAUUUUUGGGGAACUCAAUUGAGAUCUAUCCUCUUGGAAGGACACGUGUGACCCUCAAGAGAGAUGGUGUAGUCCUUGAUUUGGUGCCUCCCCUGACAAAAGUUAGCAACUUAAUCUUCGGACGAACUUGGAUUGAUUCACCAGGGGAGAUGGUGCUGACUAACAUGACUACUGGGGACAAAGUCGUAUUGUACUUUCAACCUUGUGGAUGGUUUGGAACUGGCCGUUACGAAGUGGAUGGCUAUGUGUACAAUGCUGAUGAGGAACCCAAGAUAUUGAUGACUGGGAAAUGGAAUGAAGCCAUGAGUUAUCAACUCUGUGACCUGGAAGGAGAACCGCGUGCUGGUACUGAGCUACAGGAGGUGUGGCGAGUGGCAGAGGCUCCCAAAAAUGACAAAUAUCAGUACACAUAUUUUGCACACAAGAUGAACAGCUUCGACACUGCUCCCAAGAAGUUAUUGCCUUCAGAUUCCCGUCUACGCCCUGAUAGAUAUGCUCUUGAAAAGGGAGACCUAUCAAAAUCCGGUGCAGAGAAAAGCAGACUGGAGGAGAGACAACGAGCUGAGAAGAGGCUAAGAGAGGCUAAAGGAGAACAAUUCACUCCCAAAUGGUUUGAUCAAACCAAUGAAGUCCACCCGACUCCUUGGGGCGACUUGGAACUAUACCACUACAAUGGCAAGUAUACAGAACACCGGGCUGCAAUAGACACCUCCUCCGAAACAGUCGAAGAAGUAACUGACAUCCAGUCCUUAGAAUUCAACCCAUGGCAGUACCCAAACGAGAGCCCUUAG